UGCCGGCGCAGCCAGCUCGCACUGAUUCCGUCCGAUUCCGACGUCGUAGUAAUAACUUGUUUUGCGGCCAGUACGCACCGUCGUCCAGUCCAGUCCAGCGCAGAACCAGUGCCAGUGUCAGUGGAAGUGCCAGUGCCAGUGCCAGUUCCAGUUCCAGCCCGCUCUCUAAUCCCGCGAAGAUCGGCGCGAAACGGGCGAAAUCUAAUCGGCUCGGUAGGGUUGCCCUGCAGGCAGAUAAUGCGUGGGCAGUUGCGAGCAUGUAGCUAAUCGCGGCAACCCAGCAACAUCAACCGGUGGCAGUGGGCCACACUCACACUUCGACUCCAGAUAAACAAAUUCCGCAAGGCAGUCCGUCUCCGUCUUUAAUUGCUGCUGUUCGCUGCUCGCUUGGAGUGGCCUGGGAAGCUAGGAAACUAGGCACUCCAGAUACGGAGCCGCUCAGCUGGGCAGGAAAGUGCAGCUCGGGCGGAAAACCAGCUCGAGCGCAAGCUCCAGCAGCAGCUAUAGCUCUACCUUUAGCUAAAGCCACAACAACAACAACGGGAGGCAGCGACAACAACGACUUCAUCCAGCUGCAGCUACGUAGAUCGAGACAAGAGCCAGUGCGAUCGGGUCCACAAAAGAGACGGCUACAAAACAAAGAAGCAGGCGAACAAAGAACACAAGGCACAGAAAGAACGGAGCAGAGAGACACAGAUACAGCAGCGCCAGAUGCCCCAUGCAGAUGCAGAUAGAGAUACAGAUACAAAGCGGGUCGGUCGCAACAUAGAUACAGAGCAUAGGUAGUGCCCGUCGCAGGAGCAUCGAUCGUAGGGGAGCGGGUCGGGAGGCCCCGAAGAGAACCACCAAUAAAGUGAAGCGCAGGCAGCGUAAACACGACGAAAUUGUUAAUUAAGACGCCAAAUGUUUGGCAGUCGUCGAAAGUGCAAAGCGGGGAGCCGAGUAAACAGCGCGCGAGAGAGAGAGCGACAGAUAAGCGUGUGGGUGCAGUUGGUCUCUGGGAGAGCGGUUCCGUUUCCACCGUAGCGCGCACGCCUGCGUUGCCCCCCUGAAAAUCAGCUGGUGCCGCGGAGCUCAUUUCAAGUGCACGCUGGUCGCGAGAUCGCGCUCUCCUCCGCCUCUCCGUCACGUCGCGAGCUCUCUCUUCCGCCAAUCCCCUGGUAACCCCACAUCACGUUAUCAGUCAGCGCCACUUGCUGUAACUGACGAAACCCUCGGAAAGACGUCUUCAGCUGAAGCGAUCGAAGGCCCUCCAAGGUUACAACAUAUUUUCAGCCACCCACGACAGAUUGUCAACCCCCCACAGCCACAGGACAUGUCCCGCGUCGCAGAACCUGAGGUAGCCUCGCCUCAUAGGCAGGAGUCCGAUCGGCCGGUGCCCCCACACAUAACAAAGUCCCUCACACUGAACUCCACUCGGAGCGGAGUGGGCACGGGAAACUUCGGAGGCUACGUCAUGUCGACCGGACCCGAGAAGCCCACUGUGCUGCAGAUGAUACUGGAGGCCUUGGGGCUGCGCAAUCAGGCGCAAAACCGCGAGCCAACGUCCAAGGAUAUCGCCACACUGAUAAUGCUUGGCGUAAUGUUCUUGCUCUUUGUAAUCGGCGUGACCGGAUUCUUCGUAAUGUGGUUCACGGAGUACUAUAACAACACCAUGCUGGAGCAAUUGGUUCUCGCCGAAAACUCGGAUACCGCCAAAAGUUGGUUGAAUCCCGACCCCAAGUACGAUACGUUACUGAAGGCGCACAUCUUCCACUAUCCCAACAUCGAUGAGUACUUGGCUGGGCGGGCCGAGAAAAUAAAGGUCGUGGAUGUGGGGCCGAUCACCUACCAGGAACACACCAUCAAAGACGAAGUGUCCUUCAACAAGAACUUUACGGUUAGCUUCCGGGACCGCAAGUCCUACAAGUUCCUGCCAGAGAAGUCGUCCGUUGGGGAGCACGAAGUACUCAGGGUGCCCAAUGUGCCCCUGAUUUCUGCCGCAGGACCAGUCAAGCGCAUGAAGCCAUUCGAUCGCCUGGUUGCCUUUGGUUUUAUCUCCCAGUUCAAGGAGCCGCUCUUCAAAAACCUCACAGUCUCCGACUACCUGUGGGGCUAUGAAGACAGCAUUAUCAAGUUGAAGUCCCUGGGCAGAGGCAGGCGGCGAUUUGGCCUCCUACAGACGCGGAACGGCACCAGCGUGGAUUCGGUGCAGCUCAACACGGGAGAGGACGACAUAACCAAGUUUAGCAUCAUUACCCAGUUCAAUGGGAUGCCCCAGCUGGACUACUGGGAGGGGGAGGAGUGCAACCGCAUCGACGGCUCCGAGCCGUCAAUGUUCUCACCGCAUUUGCUGCAGGAUCGCAGUACGGUGAACGUGUUCCUCCAGGUGCUGUGCCGCAAGGUGCCGCUGCAUUUCGAAAAGGAGGUCACCAUCUACAACGACAUCGAUGUGCUGCGCUACCGGACACCGAUGGACGUGUUCGCCCAUCCCUCCGAAAACCCAGCGAACAGCUGCUACUGCCAGAACACGGAGCUCUGCCUGCCCAGUGGAGUGAUCAACGCCACCAAGUGCUACGGCGACGCGCCAAUCUUUCCCUCAUUCCCGCACUUCUUCACGGGCGACCCGGUGCUUAACGAGGAGUUCGAUGGCAUCAAGCCAGACGCAGACCUCCACCAGACCUAUGCCGACAUCCAUCCUCGAUUCGGCUUUCCUAUUAGCGGAGCUUCCCGUGUCCAGAUCAACAUCAUGUUGGACAAGACGCCAAUCCUGCGAAAUCAGGGCGAACGGCUGAAGAACGCCACCAUUCUCCCGCUGAUGUGGAUUGAGAUCACCUCGGGAGACUUCUCGGAGCAGGUCCUCCAAACGCUGUACAUAAGCACCUUUGGUCUGAAUGCCAUUCAGGAGUGCCUCAAGUACGGCACCCUGCUCGUAUCGGUCACAUCGUUCAGCCUGAUCGUGGCCGGGGUGUACUACCUGAACAGCAGGCGGGAGGAGCAGCUCCAGGAGAACAAGUCCUCCGCAGAGCUGGAGGCCUUGAACGGCGAAAUCGUGGUGGUGCACCACAUCGACAUGCCUGUGCCGUUGCCUGUGCAAGAGGGGAGCAGCCAUCGAGCAACGUAGGUCGUAGGAUCGAAUAGUGCCAUUAGAUUAGUGCAGGGCGGGUAGGGGGAACUUCAGUGAGAUUUUCGAAUUUGUCAGUGCUUAUCUUAGGAUAGUUAUUAAACAAAGAGUCGCCAGUUACCUUUAGUCUGUAGUCAUUCUAUGUACAUAUGUAAAAAUUGAAUAAACUUUUUAUCGACCUUUAAAA